AGAUUGGAAAUAUUCAGCUUAGGCUCAGAUCACCACUGGACAGGACAGAGAGAGGAGGGUGGAGAGAGAGGAAAAGAAGGGAAAAGUUUAAUACAGGUACAAGUAAACGAAGAAUGGGCAACUAGGGCAUAAAACUAGGGGGGGAAAAAUUGAAAGAAAGUACAAUCGAAAAUAGAAUAGAUGAGAGGUAUGGGCUGUUCAGUUAUAUGUGUUAUUCUGCUGUCCUCACUACUGUGCCUCUAUGGGGUGCAAACUCAGGAAUUGAAAGAACAGGAUGCACUCUGCAGCGAGGAUGGGUGCUAUGUGCUCUAUUUUCAGCGCAAGAUCUUCCUGGAUGCUUGGCGUAGCUGCAAGGAACACGGAGGGAACCUGGCCACCAUCAGGCAUCCAAAGCAAGCAGCAAUGGUGAAGGAGCUCUUCUCGAAUGUGGAACUGAGACCACACCACAGAGACAGGGCAAAUAUCUGGAUUGGCCUUCAGAGGCAACCCCGACAAUGUUCACCCACCCGACCCCUACGUGGCUUCUCGUGGAUCACUGGAGAUCAGGACACCCAGUACACUAACUGGCUCCAAGAAAGCUCGACCAGUACCUGCUCAUCCCCACGAUGUGUGGUGAUGCCUUACAGCACUGCGGCCCAUGAGCAAGUGCAUAAUCUGAAAUGGAAGGACGGACCUUGUUCGAUUUCAGUGGAUGGCUACCUGUGCAGGUACAACUUCCCAGGCAUGUGUACAGCUAUUGCUAGUGAGGGAGGUGGGAAUACACUGUAUACUACCCCUUUUAACCUUCUGAGUACCCUCUUAACACAUAUCCCAUAUAGAUCAGUUGCAACUGUACCUUGUCCUGCUAAAGAUGACCAAUCAAUUAUGUGCACACAAAAGGAAAAUGGAACUGUAGGUUGGAACAGGGAACCACCUUUUUGCUCUGAUAAACCUAAGACAAGCAGGUGCGAUAAAGACAAUGGCGGUUGCCAUCACAAUUGCAUUGAGGAUGACUCACAAUACCUCUGUGACUGUCGUGAGGGCUUUCUCCUGGCUGAGGAUGGGGUAAGUUGCUUACCAUCUGACCCUUGUACCCUUGUAAUGGGAAUCACUGUGAGUUUGAGUGUGAUGGGUGGCUACCGCUGUGCUUGUCCUGAUGGCUACAUGCUGGCAUCUGAUGAACGGAGCUGUGUAGAUGUCGAUGAAUGCAUACAGAGUCCCUGUGAGCAUAUCUGUGUAAAUGCUCCUGGAUCCUUUGAGUGUCACUGCCGGGAUGGCUACCGACAAGAUGAAAAGGGUGCCUGUAAAGAUCUAGAUGAGUGUUCGGACAACCGUUGUGAGUAUGACUGUGAGAACACAUUGGGCUCCCAUAUUUGCCACUGCCAUCCUGGUUAUGCCCCAUUACAAGAGAACCAGAAUCGCUGUCACGACAUCGAUGAAUGUCAAAUUGAAGGAACAUGUGAACAGAUGUGCAUCAAUUACGCAGGAUUCUUUGAGUGCUACUGUAAAGAAGGUUAUACUCUUCAGUCUGACCAAUAUUCCUGCAAACCCAUUGAGGAGGACAUGGACACUCCCUCAACCACGGUCUCCAACCCAUGGAUUACUCACAACCCCCUUAGGGAAUCAGAAGAUCCAGAAUACCCAUGGAUCCCUCCCCCUGAUUCUGAUUGGAGCUGGCUGACUGAGCUGCCCAAUGUGGAGACAGUUCCGACAGACCUUAUUUGGACAACUGAAGAGGAACCUGAAAGGACUACACUGACUGAAAGCUCCCCUGAGGUCAUUAAUGUUGAUGGUGACCUUAAUCCAGAACAUCCAGCUCAUAAUGCUUUUUUUCCACCAGCAAUUCUGACACCCGUACCAGACUAUUAUGAGGAAGAGAGCACCAUGGUUCCCACAGUCCUCCCUUCCUCCACAGCUUCAGGCGGAGCUUGGAAUUGGCACUGGUUAAGCUCAACCCAAACAAAACCUGAGACACAGGAAACUGCAACUAACCCUCUUGACCUUUUUGGAGAAUAUGAGUCUAAUGAACAAGAUCAUUAUAAUAUUGACAUGUAUGAUGAUAAAUCAACCACCUUUGGUCCAGGGCAGCAAACUUCCACCAAGUCUCCAAUGCAGUCACAAGGAACAGAUGUCACUGAUAAUUACAACAGCAGUGACCAGAGUCAAGGAACCACCUGGUUGCUAGUUGGAUUGCUAGUGCCACUUUGCAUCUUCAUUGUGGUGAUGGUGGUCCUGGGAAUUAUCUAUUGUACUCGCUACACUGUUAAACCACAGAACAAGAACACCAGCGAUUGCUAUCACUGGAUUGCCGGUGCUGGUGAUAAAGCAGCUGCUGACUUAUCUGAUAGCGUAACCAAAACCCAUGUUUAAGCAAGUAGGACUGGACAGUGUGAUAAUGUAAAUACAUUUUGUUUUGUAACUUCACAGUUCCGAGAAGAAUUUGAUGAAUUGAGGGUAGCACCGCAUCCUUUCCCUUUGACAUUAUUAUCCAUAAUUAUGUAUGGAUGUUAAUCUGGACAGUCUGCUUAAGUGAAAACCCGGAGGUGGGGUACAAGGAGGAAUGACUCUAAAAUCACUGAACCUCAUUCUCUGCUGUUCUCAAGAGGCAAUAAAAGUUGUUCUACUGUUGGUCACACUGAUCUCUUAGUUUGCAAAACAGUUGCUCAACAGUCACAUGACAAACAAUAGAGCAUUCUUAAUAUAUGAGGAUCCUCAGUUGAAUAAUGUGGGUUAUUUAUUUUUAAUUCUGAAGAAACUUUCCAUCUGAAUAACUGUUUGAGUUAGGUCUUAAGAGAUGCAUUCUCUAAGGAGCCAUAAUUUCAGUCCAUUUUGACAAUGUCAAGAUUUUUAUUCCCUGUUGUGAUUUCAGUCUGAUCCAGACCAAGAAAAAGUCUGUCUAUCAUAUUUGUUAAACGUUGUUUUUACCAAAAUGGUGCCUAACAAGUCUUUUAACAAGAUCAUCUGAAAAUGCUUUCUAAGCAUUGUGUGUUUAAUGACAAAAAUUGCUAUGAAACUGCACGUGGACAAUCUGGUCAUUAACACUGUGUGAAUGAAGUUGGUCAUAAUUUACAAGCAUUUUGAAAACAAGCAGUCAGACAAUCGUGUACCAAUGACUUUCCUUAUUUGUUUGCAGUAUUAUGUUUUGAUAUGCUUGACGUAAAGGCUGUGUCAAGGUAAAGUACAGAUAAACUUGUUUAAUUGUUUAAUUUCCUGCUCUAACUACUUCUUGAUUUAAAAAAAAAAGGUUUAUUAAAGUGCUCAGUAUAGUUUAAAGUUUUGUGUCCUCAUUGUUUGAAAUGAGCAAUAUUUGUUUUUUGAUGCUGUGGCUAAUGCAUGCCUAUAAAAUCAAUAGACAAGUUUCGGUUUAUUUGUAGAAUUUGCAGCUUUUUAUGGGUAAGAGUAAGGAUGUGGAAAGGGUUUACUCAACUCUAUAAAAGUAACUAUGCCUUUGUCUUAUUCUUAAUGUGUCCUUUCAACAUUUCUCAUCUCCUGCCUGCAUUCUUUUCUCCCUUGCCUCCACAUGGAUACUGAGAGAUAUUGACAGUGGUGCAAUGAAAGUACAGAACACGUUCUGUACUCAGUACCAGCUGAUAAUCCAAUCAGAUAAAUCUGGCCAGACAUCAGAGAGCUCCUUAUACUGUCAUGCAGUGUUGUGGAUAAUUGGCGUGCUCAGCCAUCACAUCAUCACAGGAAAAGCACUCUGGUGUAAUCGCUUGAGAACUAACAGCUUCCUACAUGUUUUGCAGUUGUGGUUACAGUUCUGUGUGAGAUGACUUUAGAUUAAUCUUUGGGUGGUCAGAUACACUACUGCUCAAAUGUUUGGGGUCAGUAAAUAGUAAAUGAAUACUAAUUUAGCAAGAAUACAUUAAAUUGAUUAAAAGUGA